AUGCAAGCCACACUUGCUACGAUGGCCUGGAUGGUUUCUUUCGUCUCCAGUGAUUCAUAUACAGCAAAUACGUUGCCAGAUAUCGACAAUGAAGAUUUCGUUCAAGACUGUGUUCGAAUUCAUAACAAGUUCCGAUCAGAGGUGAAUCCAACAGCCAGUGAUAUGCUAUACAUGACUUGGGACCCAGCACUAGCCCAAAUUGCAAAGGCUUGGGCAAAAACUUGUCAGUUUGCACAUAAUGUACAGCUGAAAUCACCCCACAAGCUGCACCCAAACUUCACUUCACUGGGAGAAAAUAUCUGGACGGGGUCUCUAUUCAUCUUUUCCGUGUCUUCAGCCAUCACCGCAUGGUACAAUGAAAUCCAAUACUAUGACUUCAACACUUUGAAAUGCAAAAAAGUCUGUGGCCACUACACUCAGGUUGUUUGGGCAGAUAGUUACAAAGUUGGCUGUGCAGUACAAUUUUGCCCUAGAGUUUCUGGCUUUGAAAGUCUUUCUAAUGGAGCACAUUUUAUAUGCAACUACGGACCAGCAGGAAAUUACCCAACUUGGCCAUAUAAAAAAGGAGCCACUUGCAGCACCUGCCCCAAUAAUGACAAGUGUUUGGACAAUCUCUGUGUUAACCCACAGCGAGACAAAGUCACACGUUACUACUCUGUUGCGUAUCCAGGUUGGCCCAUAUAUUUACGUAACAGAUACACAUCUCUCUUUCUCAUUGUUAGACCAGUAAUUCUGUUACUGUCUGUUAUAAUUACCAUUUUGGUAAAGCACAGAUACCCUAAUUUAGUUCUGUUGGACUAA